AUCACCCUAGAGAACGGUCCCGUCCACUUCACCACCACCACCGGCCCUUCUCCAAUCGCCACCGAUUCCUCCGGCCGGAGACCGAUCCCCACACCCGCCGCCACCUCCGCCGCCGCAGCAGCCUCCUCGUCGCGCGGCGGCCGCCGUCUCCGCCGCACGCGCCUCGCUCGAAACUUGCAUACCUGGACAGCAUUUAAAGGAACGAUGGCACUGUCGCGCAGUAUGAGAACAUGCCUGCAUAGCGGAAGACUUGCCGCCCUGGCAAUACUGGUCUCUGGUGGGAUCGUAUUGCAGAUUUUGGCCUGCGCUCUGUAUAACAACUGGUGGCCAAUGUUGACAGUUCUGAUGUACCUCAUACUACCUAUGCCACUCAUAUUUUUCCUGGGCUCCGAUUCUCCAUCGAUCAUGUCGAAUGAGAAUGAUGGGUGGGUGAACUUCACCAAGUUCCUGACGGGCGCGUCGAUCGUGGGCAGCAUCGCCAUCCCGUCGAUCCUGAAGCAUGCCGGCGUCAUCGGGUGGGGCGCGCUGACAAUGGAGCUGUCCUCCUUCGCCGUCUUCGGGCUGGCCAUCGUGUGGUUCCUCCAGAUGAACUCCGAGGACGAGUACAGCGCCUUCUGA